UCGUACAAGACGAAAGAGAGGGUGAAGCACAAGUGUGCGAGCACGCUAUGAUGUUGCCGUCUCGAAUGCCAUGAUGGGCAAGGUAUUGUUGAUACUGUAAUUGGAAGAAGGAGGUUCGUAGUCUGUCUUUCAAGCCUACCAUUGAAGGAUCGCAUCGCCUUCUUGGGUGGUUUGGUUGGCAAACGUUUUCACCUCGCCGCGUGAGUGUCGGCGUCAUGGACGAGACAACCCAAAAGUCGUCCAAGAAAAAUUCUUUGGUGUCUCUCAGUCACCAACGAUUCUUGGCCUCGUUUCUGUUGCCACCCAAGAAUCAACAGCAGCAACAGCAACAACCACAGCCGACAGAAUGGAAGCAUCCCUUGCUGCGAUCUUCCCAAGAGCAUGAGGAAUCCCGACGACAGCGAUACCGACAACAACGACAAGAAAAGAUCUCCAUCCAGCAACAGCUGUUGGAAGAAAAAUUGCAACGUCUGCGCAGUAAACGAAUCUCCUUGGCGGCGGAAAUUGCCCAAGUUGGAUCCAAAUUGGACGCCAAUAACAACCAAAAAAGAUCCUCGGACCCCUCAAAUCCCUUGGCCAACAACAAUGACGACACCACUAUCCGUCGUAGCAGCAACUUUGUCCAAAGUCUGCAGAAAGUACGCAACAAACGCAAAUUGACGGCCGCGGCUCGAUUGGGAGGCAUCACUACCGGAAUUCCAGUGGACGACCCCGAAGUCUUGUCCAUUCGAUUCGAUAUUUGCGUCGAUGGAGCCUACGUGGCUUCCUAUCACGUCUUUUUUCAUCUCAUCCUCCUGGUCGAUCCAUCCAUGGCUACCAGCAACGAAAAGAAAGAACAUGGCAAUAUUACCAAGGCAGAAACAACAACUACACAGACCAAAAAGACGGGUCAGGAAGAGAGAAGGGACGGGGAAUUUGAGGAGCAAAAUGACAGUGAUUCCAGUGAUCAAGAGACAACCAAACAAUCGCCACCAACGGAGGGCAAUGCCAGGAAGAAACCAAAAUUGACAACACAUGCGGGUACACACCGCAAAGGAGACUCUGAGAAGGAGAGUGAUUCGGACAAUGAUGAUGAUGAUGAUGAUGAUAGCGAUUGCAGUGAGGAAGAGAAUCCCAAACAACCCUCAUCCAGAGAGACGAAACACAGAAAGAGCUACAAUAUCAGGAAGAAACGCCGACUGAAACCAAUACAGCUCAAAAAAGCUAGCCGAAAACAAGACAGUGACUCGGACUAUCAGGAUGAAAGUGAGCGACCCAAACCAAAAUCACGGGCUAAAGCCAAACGAACGAGUCGGCGCAAACGAGAGAUUGAUGAGAGUGAUUCCAAAUAUCGGGACGAAAGUAAGGAAGAGACACCGCAACAAGAAACAACAACUCAUGAGAACAAGAACCUUCCACAGUUGUGUCUGCGGUUGACACAACACACCAUCCCGUCGGCCAUUCCAUUGGCAGAUAUCGCCAUGGCUACCUUGGGAGGGACACUCUUUGGCCUUGGGGACUUUGAUGGGGGAGAAUGGACUAGCAACGCUGGUGUCAUGAAGAUGCUGCAGGAGCGCCUGGGGCGGUUUGGUCGACAAUGCUAUCGAGCUUGCUCUGCUUGGGAACAACGAAAACACAGCUGGGAGCUCCUCAUGCAAAAAGGACAACAACAGCAACCAUGUCGUUGUGAUGCAGACGAUUGCCGCGGUCAUGUCAAAGUAGCAUCCGUGACGACGCCAGCUUCCAAUGCACUGCAUCAAGUAUCCUUUCAGCUUUCCAAAACGUGGUGCAAGCAAGGCGAUACCAGCGUCUCUUCUUCUUGUUGUUACAACGUUGCGCUCCUCUACGACGACUGGCUGCGAGGGAUACCAUCCCAUGUCCAAGUGGAUCGUUCCUCGCCACCAACAGCCACAAUUCCGCCAAGGCAAAACGGCCCACCCGAACGUGACGAUCAUGUAUUGGAUGCCAUACGACAGGCCUUCUUGGAAUGUCCUGUGGAACGAGCUUUGAGUCGCCUUGAGCAGCAGUGGGAGCAAGGCAAUGCCAGACAACGGAGCAACUAGUUGCUACAGGCACAAUGGUUGGCACGUUCUUUCUAGCUAGCCAGUGUUGGGAUGUAGUACCGCACAGGCAGGGCAAGUACCGUAGGCGAACAAAGAAGGCGACCGCUACACACUUUCGAGUCUUCCACCUUUGAAUCAUAGAGAAUGUAGGAUGGCUUUAUUAUAACUUUACCCGUAUUCUAU